CUCCAGCCUCACCUCCACCCCGCCAUCGCUGACGCAGCUUGAACGUCCACCCAAGCCGACACCGAUAUAGCUUCCAGUUAAUACAGGAAUACUCACAAUACCUCGAGUCGCACGGAAAAUCACCUGAAACCAAUUGAUAAUACCGAAUUUCCAAGAUGUCAAUUAUCCAGCAGCAUACGAGCGCGACGCUCGGUGACGCAUGGCGCACUAUCAACAUCGACGCCUUGAACGAAGACUCCAGCGUCAACUUCGACACCUCGACUCUGCACCCCCCACAGCCCGAGAUCGACGAGGCGGAAGUGCGACAGCUUUCUGGGCAGAUCAGGCAGCUUCUGAGAGGCGGUGAUGCGGAGGGAGCUUUGAGGGGCAGCUUGGAGACUCCAGUAUACAACGGAACGGAUGCAGCCAAGGAUGCUCAUCUGCACACUAUCAUUGAGGUCCUCCAGUCGAUUAAGGCAAGCGACAUGUCCCCCUUACUGAAGAGCAUCUAUGGAUCCGAGGGCGGCCCUGAGUGCCUGGAUGUCCUGAUGAAGUAUAUCUACAAGGGAAUGGCUACGGUUCACCCUGGAACAGCUUCGCGAUCACCAAACAAGGUUACACCUCAAUCGACGGGAGGUUUCAGCCAGAUCGCUGGGCGACCUGGUUCGAACGAGCCCGCCACUGCAGCCAUGAGUGUGCUCCUGAGUUGGCACGAGAAGGUCGUUGAGGUCGCUGGUCUGGGAUGCAUCGGCCGAACAAUGACCGACUGGCGAAAGGUUUAGGGGCCAGAUACGUGCUCGCGAUGAUGAGCGGUCAAGAAUACAUAGAAUCAUGAAUCCAAUUCAUAACCCGCAGAGUAAACCCCCGUCCGCGGAACAUAGCUCUGGUGUUACAUUAUUUACAUUAUACAAAUCA